CUGACCAAUCACAGUACGUAUUUCCCGCUCAUGCAUAUCGUAUGUAGGCGUGUAAUUUUCCUUUAGGUUGCCGUCGUUGGAAUUUGGAUUGUGAAAAGAUCGUCAAAAACACUUAAGUCUCUGGUUUGUGAGAUUAAGUGGUGAAGUCCAGAUCAACCAUGAUUGCUGUGGAUUUGUAUGAGCCCCAGGUCUUAGCCCUGGUGGUGUUUGCUAGUUUCAUCGGCUUGUCUGCCUUAGUGUAUAUCAUCUCCAUCUUCACCAUGAAGGAGAAGACAUAUGAGGAGGCCAUUGCAGAGCAGCGAGCUCGCCUUGACAAGGAGCAGCAGCAACAUCGAGAUCAGCGGCAGAAACGUCGUCAAGCCUUUCCUCGUAAGAAGAAAGAUAAAGUGAAUGACAUUGACCAACCAUCACCUCCCCCAUCACCUCCAUCACCACCCGUGGAGGAGGAAAUCAAGCCGAUAGUUGAGCAACCAAUCGCUGCUGCUCCCCCUCCUGCUCCUCAACCUAAGACCAAAUCUCCUAAGCAAGGGAAACAACCCAAAGUACCACAGCAGCAGCAGCAGCAAGAGCAACAACAGCAGCAGCAACAAAAGCAGCAACCGCCCAAGGCGAAAGAAGCUGCUAAAGAAACCUCAGCUCCUUCCAAGGAAGCACCUUCCAAGAAGACCCCCAAAGAGGCUCCUGUGAAAGAAGCACCCAUCCAGAAGGCUGCGUCAGCAACUACCAAAUCUGCUCCUCCUCCAGCCAAGACCCAGACCUCUCCCAAACCAACCCAGAAGUCUAGCCAGAAGCCCCAGAAACAGAAGCCAGUUGAGGAGAAACUGCAGAAGAAAGAAGCCCCAAUAGUGGCCCAGAAGGCUCCAGAGGCCCAAGCUGCACCCCAACAACCCAAGAAGGAGGCUGGUGCUACCCAGAGUUCCCCAGUGAAGAGCAAGAAAGGGGCCAAGGCUGGGGCACCAUCGGGGGAGAAAGCAGCAGGACCAGCAGGGGAUACAGCUGUGGACACUGGAGCCCUGAAGGCCAAGAAUCUUAGCGCCAUGCUCAAGACAGCAACUCUGUCCAAUAAGGAAGUUCAGCAACUUGUGGAAGUGUUGCUCAACAAGAAUGGUGGAUCCGCUGCAACAUCGGAAAACUGGGUCAAGGCCAACCAACGUGAUCCAGUCCAAGCCAUGAAAAAACAACUGCAGGAGAAGGAACAAGCCUUGCACAAUGAGAUGCUGCUAGCCCAGUCCUCAUCUCAGAAGGUGAAGGAACUACGCGCUGAACUGACCCAAGAAAAAAGCCGAAGGAUCCAAGUAGAGUCUCGCUACAAAGAGACGGUGCAUAACCAUAGCCGUGAAUGUGAUGCACUCAGAGCUAGAAUGCAACAGAACCAUGAUGCUCAUACCCGUGACACCCAGAAUCUUCAGGCUCACAUCAAGCAAGUAGAAGCCAGGAAUGAUAACACAGGGGUAGAGGCAUUGAAUCAACUCCGUGAUGAGAACACUCAACUCAAGGCAGAAGCAGGACGAAAUGCACAACACUUCCAGAAUGAAAUCCAGAAGAUAAAGAACCAAAUGUCCGCCAAUGAGGGUCGCGUCAGACAGGGUGAUGAUCAACGACGUAGCCUGGAAUCCAAACUCACUCAGUAUGAACAGCGGAUCAAGGUGUAUGAAGCAGGCCAGGCUGGACAGCGUGAGAAUGAAACAGCUCUCUCCAAACGUCUUAGCGAGGUCUCUGAGGAGCUACGUAAGGCAGAAGCUCGUCUCCAGACAUCAUCCAGAGAGGGAGAGAAGACGUUGGAACGUCUGCAAGCUUUGAUGAAGGAGAACGAUACUGUCAAGAAACAACUGCAGGAGGUGUAUCGUCUGGAUAGUGAGAAAAGUACACAGAUGUCAGCUAUGGAAACCAGACUCAGGGAUCAUGAGAAGCAAAAGAUGAACCUUGAGGGCGCUGUUAAUGAUUCCAAGGCCAAGUUGUCUGAGCAGGAGAGAGCAUGCACCCAGAAGGAUAAGGAAAUGACGAACCUAAGAGAUGCCAAGGCCUCACUGGAGACUCAGCUUCAAACCAAGAUGAAGGAACUAGCUCAGGCAGCUGAGGCCAUGAAACCCAACGGUGACAUGGGUAGUGAUGAACCUAAGGAAGAUGUCGUCUUGAAGAAGGAGCAUGAAAACAUCAUGAAUGAGAAAGAAAAGGCCUUGGCUUCGCUACAGGGUGAAAUCUCAUCCAGAGACGAGGAAUUGGAGACACUCAAGCAACAAUUAGAGCAGCAGAAACAACGAAAUAAUAAACUUCAGGAGAAAAAUUGGAAGGCCAUGGAAGCCCUCACGGCGGCCGAAAAAACAAGCCAGGACAAAGUGGCCCAGGCGUUGGAGAAAGAGAAGAGUCUUCAAGAAGUUGCUCUUUGGAGCCUCGAGGAGGAGCUGGAUGCUAGUUUAUACAAGGAGAAGGAAUCAUCCAAGGGUUUGCUGAUGAGGAUAUUCCCAGACAUUAACGUGGAUUCUAGUCUUGGCUAUGAAGACUGGCUGUCCACAUUUGAGAAGAAUGCCUUGAAUUAUCUUGCCGUACAAAAAGCUUCCUCAGGACUAGAGGUCGCUGAGUUGUCUUCCACCAUGUCCAGUUUGGAAGAAGAAAAGAAACAGUUAGCCAACCAAUGUCAACAUUACAAGUCUGUGCUCAGUGAUACGGAAGGAAUCUUAAAUAAACUGCAAAGCAGCGUAGAAUCUGAGGAGAAGAAAUGGCAGGAUAAGAUGUCAAUAAAGGACACAGCCUUGGCACAGGCUAAAAAAGAGAUGGCAUCACUACAGGACCAAACAAAGCAGUUAGACCAACUCAAACAGGCAUCUGAGGACAAUAAGAGAUUGACCAAUGAGCUAGGAGCAGCUCGGACCAGCCUGAGUCAGAUGGAGAAGGAACGUUCGGCCUCAGCAGCUGAGUAUGAGUCUACUUGCCGUGAGUUGAAGGAUGUCCAGAAUCAACUCCGACAAUUGAUGGAGGAAUUGAAUACAGCCAAUCAGAGGGCAGAGAAUAGCGUAGAUGUUGCAGAAAUGCAGAAGGUGAAAGCCACCUUAGCCGCUGAACAAGAAAAGAGUCAGAAACUAUCGGCUGAUCUCGAGGAGGCUAACCGCACCAAGGACCAACUCCGCAAAGCUUCCACUUCCAGCCAGGACAUCUUACAGCAAGAACUGCAGACACAACGUUCCUCCUCCCAACAACUCAAGACAGAACUAGCCAGUACCAAGCAGGAUCUAGAAUCAGCCUCCCAGAAGCUAGCCCAGUCUUCAGCCCAGCUCCAGACCUCCCAGCAGGGACUAGUUCAGUCUCGGUCUGAGAUGGAAGAGCUCAAGCGAAGCAACUCCAGGCUUGAGGAAAACGCAGAAGCUGCUGCUAAGGCAAAGCAAGAGACUGAGCAGAGCCUGGCUGCUCUCAAAAACGACCUGGUGGCCGCAAUGAGAGGGAAACAGGAAACUGAGCAGAACCUUGCAUCUCUGAGAGAGGAGCUGGAUGCUGCCACAAAGAAGAAAGAAGAAAAUGAACAGAGUCUUGCAUCUCUGAGAGAGGAGCUGGAUGCUACCACAAAGAAGAAAGAAGAAAAUGAACAGAGUCUUGCAUCUCUGAGAGAGGAGCUGGAUGCUGCCACAAAGAAGAAAGAAGAAAAUGAACAGAGCCUUGCAUCUCUGAGAGAGGAGCUGGAUGCUGCCACAAAGAAGAAAGAAGAAAAUGAACAGAGUCUUGCAUCUCUGAGAGAGGAGCUGGAUGCUGCCACAAAGAAGAAAGAAGAAAAUGAACAGAGUCUUGCGUCUCUGAGAGAGGAGCGGGAUGAUGCCACAAAGAAGAAAGAAGAAACUGAAGAGAGUCUUGCUACUCUGAGAGAGGAACUAGAGGCAUCCAAGAUGGCCCCACAGGAAGCCUCAGAGGCUUCCAAGAGACUCCAAGAGAGUGAAGAAUCCACCAAGACUCUCCAGAAAGAGAUUAACACCUUAAAAGAAAGCCUCCAGAAGGAGAAAGGAUUAACCAAGGACCUAGGCACAGCAGCAGCCAAACUGCAGGCUAUGCUCAAGAAGACACAGACUGUAUUGGCUGCAGAGAAACAGACCGUUGCUGAACUCAAAGCUAAAGCUGGCAUAACACCGGAGCAGGCAGAGAUAAAUAGCUCGCUGACCGACAGUCAAGUUGAACUUCAACUCUUAGAUGCUGCUGAUGAUGAGGAGAAUGGUUCGUGGUGUAUUCUAGAUCAGAGCGGUGAUGAUAUCAUGUAGUGUAGGGUGCCAGUGCCAAACCUGCUGUUAAACCCGCAGACCCAACCGAUGGUUCAUCAGUGUAGCAUCAGGCAACAACGUGACAUCAUCACAAGGCCUUCCAUUAAAAUGUAACCAAAAAAAUAAUAAUAUCCCUGCAUGCGUUGCAGAUGCUCAGAGGGCGUUCUUUGUUAUUGUAAUCUUGUAACAAUGAAUGCAGGAAUUAUUCAUUCAUGCGUAUGGAACAAUACAAAACCACGGCCCUCUAACUCCACCUCAACGCAUCAGCUCCAUUGUUGUACAUGUAUUUUAAUUAUUUUGUUGGGCUAGUCAAAGUAGAUAGUUGUGUAGCUUACAAAUACGUGCAUGGUAAGAUGGUGUCCCAUGUUUACAUCUAAAGCGCCCUCUAGUGAUAUGGAGACAGGUCAGGCAGACAACUUAAAUAAGCCAAUUGAGAUUUGUUGUCUAACAGUCAAAUUAUUACACAAAACUUAAAUCUUCUAAGUGCUUAAAUUACCUGUAAAUAUUUAAAAUACAAAUACUGCUCAAUUUUAGCUAACAAUUCAAUUAAUCCGCCCAAUAGUUUUAACAACUGUAGUUCUUUCGUAGAAUUCCAUUCCAACAUCGAAUGAGGGCGCUGUUGAUGUAGUAAAAAAAAAAAAAAGUAGGUCGGGGGUGGGCAUACAGAGUUUUAUUUGUAAAGAUGUAAAGCAAGCUGCAUUAAACUUAAUCCUAAGAGAUCUCAAGCCAGAGAUGUGAUAUUUAAAAUUGGGCAAAACAAAUAAAUUUCUCCUGUCGACUAUUGAUAGUUAAUUGUAUUUUUCCUUGUCAUGUAAACAUUUGAUUGAUUUUUGAUUUACUGGAACAGACAAAUGAAAUGAAAGUUCAUCGUGUCGGUAUGAAGUGAAAGGCUUAGAUUGUUUGCCAGAAAAUGGCUGUGGGUUAUUUGACUUUUUUUUGAGGACAGAAUAAAGUGGUAAGGCAUUUGAUUCAAAAAAGUAUAAAUAAUAAAUUGCAGCAUCAAUUGUAGAAAAAUUAUUUAGUCCAAUGUGUGUGCAAGGUUUAUUUACCGUGGUAAAUUAUGCAAUUGGAUUUUAUUUCAUAGCUAUAGUGCCUCUCUGCCUAUUCCAUUAUACACAGAUUCACCUUUUUUUCUUUUGCUUCAAAGUAAAUACUUGACAUUGCAUUAAGAAUGACAUUGCUGACCCCAAUUUAGAUUCUGACAUGUCAUUGAUUGCUGCAUGUAUAAGCAUACUUGUAUACAGGUGAAUACAUACAGAUGAUUGCAUUAUCCAGGGUGUACUUCUUAUGUAAUUUCCAAAGACAGGAAUCAGUGAAGCACCUAUAUUUAGGACGAGGAAGAUAUUCUGGAUAAUCUGAUAUUUUUAGUAGUCCGUUGAGAUUGAUAAUUAAAAGAAAUGGCCAAUGUUCACCAACUACUCAUUUUCAACAGAUCGACAAAUCUGAAAUAUUUCAAAACUUGAGAAGUUGUAUCCUCUCGUUCUCUGAAGCUGAUCAACAUCUUUUUGGUUUUCCUUUUUUUUUCCUAGGCUGAGUACUUAAUACUUUGAGUUGUUUUUUCCUUGAAUGGGUACCUGUCAAACUUCAAUUCUUGUGGUUUAUAUGUACGUGUCUCGUUCAAGUAAAGCUUAACUAAAUUGCUCCAACAUGCGUAGGGAGUUGCAGUAUUUGUUAUUGUAAUAUCAGCACUGCAAUGUAAGCUCAAUACCAGCUCUGAAUUUGACAUCAAUGAUGUUUGUAUAAAUGCUCAUUUAUUAAUCAACAUUCCAGUCUAACGAAAAAUGGAUCGACUUAUUAAUCAAAUGUUUCCAAUCUGUUGUUGCUCAGUGGAUCUAAAACAUUAACAAGAUUAGGUUGCGGGCUUAUAAUUUAAGGAAUUGUUACAAUUUUAGUCCCCCAAAAUUCCCUUUUUGGGGGGGGGGGAUUUUGUUAAUUUACUUUUUUAACUGCAUUUAGUAAUCAAAGUGGUUAACUAUUUUUCUCACCAAAACAAGAAAAGAAAUAUUACAGAAUUUGCCUUUUGUGUUCAUUUAGUUACAUGUAAGUCAGUAGUUUUUCCCAUCUUCUUUAUGUCUGUUUGCUUUCUUUUCCUUCUGCAUAUAUGCUUACAUAAUAUUAAAAUAAUAUGUUUAAGCUGAUUAACCUGGGUCCAGAAUAAUAUAAAAGGGGGAUGUUUUGUCAUUAUUGUAAUCAGUUAUAAAUUUGAGUAAUCAUUUAUAAAAAACAGGGUAAUGGCAUACAAAAGUGGUGGUGUUAUUUCUUUAUUCUUAUUUCUGUGAUUAACUGACAUUUAAUAAUAUGAUGUGUAAUCUGCAAUGUAUUUACAGAUAAAUACAUACAGUGGAAUUCAGGUUUAUGCAGGAAUUUACAACGUAAGAUCUACUAACUUGCUUUGAAUGGUGUCCAGCUGAGAUCAUCUGUGUUAAAUCUAGCAGUUAUGUGGGCAUAAAACGUCUUGACAGUAUUGAAUGUCAAACUUUAUUGCCAGAUGUAGGAAAAUGAACACAUUUGAAGUACUGACGCUGGAUUCUUAACUUGGUUUUUGUGAAACGAUUCUGGGUUUUUUCUCCAUUUGUCACAUGGAAAUUUAUCUUGUAACAUUGCUAUCAAUUUUGUGCUCUGCUGCUGUGAAAAAGGAAUGGGGGAGAUUCGUUUUUGCUAAUGCAUAUUGGUUCAGAAACGCAACAUUUAUGUACUGUGUGCCCGAUAUCUCGACUACCCUUGUAUGUCAUCAGCGGAGACAUUGGAAGUAAAGUAAAACACAGGGCAUUCGGUCCUCAAGAAAUUCAAUAUGUCAAAACUGAUUUUGGGCGAUACCACCAUGUACCAUAACAAGUUUUUGUGAUGUAUUGUCAAAAGGUUUGUAUUUUUCCAUUGGUCCAUGUCCACUAGCCUUAGAUUAUCCCGCGAAACAAAUUGACUGCAUGUACAUGUACCAAUGGUUUCCUUAAAGCAACUCGGCAAAGUUUAAAGCCUACAUUUAAAGACCAAGUGAAUAAUGAUAAAAUAAAUUUAAAAAUUAAAGACGUUUGUUCUUUGGUGGUUGCAGUGACAAGAGGUAAGGAACAUGAUGUUUGAGACCAACUACAUACCGUAAUUUAUGUUCUCAGUAUCGUCAAUUCCCUAUUCACAUGUCGUUGGAUGUUCAUUCUAACAACUGUCAAUUAUCGGCAUAUUAUGUAAUGGUGAAUUAAAGUUGUCACGACCAACUGAUAAGACGA